AUGACGUAUCAAUCCAGCCAAAAAGACAUCACAAAUGAUUUUAAAAUGCAAAGAAUCGGGAACUUUCUCAUCCGUGCUUCGAGAAGUGAUAGGGUUGGGUUUAAUUUGAUGUUGAGGGAGGGCAUUUCGCCUAAUGUGCAGGAUUAUGAUAACAUAACUGCUCUUCAUCUAGCUGCCAGUGAAGGUCAUGAUUCGAUUAUAGAGCUUCUUCUACACUACAAGGUCGAUGUUAAUCUCGAUGAUAGAUGGCACAAAACUGGGAAGGAGGCGAACGGGAUGACAGUCGUUGAGAGGGCUGUGAAGGGGUAUCGGGACAGUAUAACAGCAAUUCUGGGGGUGUUUGACAGUGAGUGCUCGGUGGAAAUAGGCGGAGAAGGUUGGGACUGCCUCAUUUGA